CCACCCCCAAAGGAAGCGAGGGAAUGAGAAGAAAUGGCCAAACUGAUGCCACGAUGCAGAUCGUGAAGGGGAGGGGGUUGGGGGGGCGGGGGGAGAGGGUGGGGGAGGGGAAUUAUUUCUCUCGGCCACCCGCUUUCUAGCGAAUCGGUUCGUUCUAUGCCCAUGAAGCUCGAAGGAACAUCAGAGCGCGAACGCGAUCGCGAUCGCGAAAGCGGUCGUCAGUCCUGCAGGCGUGAUGAUGGGGAUGACGCAGAGGUGGAUCCAGCGGCUCGACGUUCUUGUAGAGGGCACUCUAAUGCACAUCCGUCGGGCGUCAGCCCGAUCCGCAGGACGUAGGUGCGGGUAUUUUGACGUGUGCGCGGCGGAAGCCACAAACGGCGAACCGGGUGAAGACCGCCUGCCACCGGUGAGUAUGUUCAGAGAGGCGUAUUUUGUCCAUUGACCCCGAAAUGGGCUCGGUUUUGUCAAAUUCCCAUCUACACGGGCAGGUCAGGUCAUGUCAUGUCAGCCGGGGGCCCACCUCGCCCCCCACCCCACACACGAGUCGUGCCCACCGGUGGUAACCCUCUUUCCCCGGUGCGUCCUGCCUCUUUCCUCUGCCCCGACAGUGAACAGUCUGCCGAAUCGGUCACACGUACCGGUCCGUCCCAUCCUCCUUCCGACAUUCAGUGGUGGUCACCGGCUCGUAAUUGUCCCGCACCGGGUAUCGCCAGCCACACACUUGCGUCCGACCCUCGUACUUGUGCAGUUACAAACAGUAGGUCCUCGAGGCAACCAACAGACACGCUAUUGUCAAUUUGUCCUGACACGCAAACGAAGACCAAUCCAUCGAUCCAUCACCCCGUGUAUGCAUACACGGUCAGAGAUGUACAUACACACACAAGCGUCCUCUGUCGGCUCCCAUUUACUGCUGGCUCGUCAUUUAUAGCUCCCCCGUAAGCUCGAAUUAUUCCUGAACUUAAUGCAGUGCGUAGUUUAUUGAAAAAGCAUUCUCGGGCUGGCCAGAUUUCUCCCCCGUCUGCCCUGCGCUCUCGCGGCCUCGGAGAAGUAUACAUGGGGAGCAGAGGAGGAAGCAUGAAUGCCGGGAAAGAAACAAACGUGAAAGUCAUGAAAGUCGAGCCCCGGGAAAAGGAGCGGAGAGGAGAGGCAAGUAAAGCGAGGAGAAAGACAGAAAAGAAAACCCAUGGCCGAUGAAAUUCCCCUGCACAAUUGCUGCUCCUGCUCCUGCUCCUGCUGCUGCAGCAGGAGGAGAGAAUGGAGGGAAAGAAAGUUUUUCGUUUCGUUUUUCGCUGCUCCGGAGAACGUGGGGCGAGGAACUCAUGCUGCGGAGGAGUCCACUUUAGCACCGCUCGUGGCCAGAUUUCAUCAGCAACAAUUUGCACCGGGACUUGGAAACUUCAUGUCCACUACGAGCACAACAACUGUCUCCUCCGCACGUAGAGUCGAAUAAAAACAGGUGCGACAAGCGACCCUGCAGUCCAUUCGCCGGAGGAGGCCUGUAUACGUCAGUGCAGGCUUGAAGAAAGUAAGUAAAUUCAGGUAGCCAUAUCCCCCGACGGACUCUGGACCGCGGUCGACCGAGCCAGCGGAUCCAUCGACACGAAUGCCGAUCACGAAUCGCUGCAGUCCGAUUCUUCGCUAACAUUAUUGUUCGCAAUCGCAUUUGUCCGAAAUAAGAGCGCGCUGUACUUGACUCUUAAAAUGCGCCUCGCUCGCACCUGUCACUUUCUGGAAGAAGGAGCCAGCGAUCAGAUCGUGGUACACAAGUUCAGCCCCAGGGCAGGGCAGUGAGGCACGUCCCCCGUCCGGGGUAAGGACUAAGGACCCAAUACCCAGGACGCAGGACCCAGGACCCAGGGCGGGGGUCGGGACCAAGGUUAGGAUUCGGUCGCCCGGUAGUUCUUGAGAACCGCACCCGCUAGGCCGGGGAUGACGUAGCCCGCUGCUGCCGGCCGCGGCGAAACUGUUGAUGAUAAACCAUGUAGUGGCCAGAAAGUGCCAUUCAUGCAUGCAUCACCUCCGAAUCGGGUGCUGAGUCGAUGGUCAUCAUGUAUGGAUAUGGGGUGCGCUAGCAUUGAUGGGGAAAAGCUGGGGUCAUGUUCUAAUUUAAUAGCCGUCAGAAUGAGCGAGCUGACACGUGACUCGCGUAAUGACCAGGAUGGACCGUUAGUUUCCGAUUUUGUUAUUUAAAUGUAGUUUAGCGUUAAUGUAAAUGAAUUCCGAGUAGGUUAAUGUCAUGUCGCUAAUUAUUGGCCGUGAGAACAAUAUCCCAUGUUACGAGUCGUGAUAUUCACUACAACAAAUUCUUUGGGAACGGCGAAUGAAAACACGGGCCGGAGUACAGAGCAAGGACGUGGAAUAGAAAAUAGUGAAUAGAAGUGAGAUUUAGAACGACGAAAUAUUAUGCUUUAAGGAUGGCAAUGCCAUGACAACGAUUGUACGGCGAGCAUCAAACAAGCCGAGCACAAUUCCAUGGGAAUUCACGCCAGGUAUGGGGCAACUUGUUAAGGACUCGCAUGAGGCGGGACGCAUGUCGAGUGCAAAUUACCAUCAGAUCCAAUGCUGCAAUGGGGCCCAUGGAGGAGCGAGCCCACUCCCAAAAUUCAAGAUCUAUCGGAAAGGGAAACGCCUCUCUUCGGAUGGAUGUUCAUGGCU